ACUAAGUCUGUGUCAAAUAUACAUGAAUGAAUUGUGUCGGCGCACGUGUUCUAUUAUAAAAACAAAUUUUGUAUUUAUAAAAGAGUGCUAAAAUUAUUGUUUAUUUAAAGUCUGUUUAAUCUCAAUAUAAUAAUUUUUAUUUGUUCAAGAAAACUACGACCAUGUGAAAAUAAAAACAAAGUGCAAUGUCCAAAGAAGGUUAUAGUGGUGAAAGAAAAGAAAGUGAUUCUAAAGCUGUUUUAGAGAGACUUCAAUCUUAUCUGAAAGAUAAAAAAAAUACAGAAAGCUUAGCAUCUACAGCUACCUAUAAUAAGCCUAGCACAAGUUUUGAUUUUGAUCAAGGAGCUAGCUUACCGCCAUUCGAAGACAGUAGUAACAUUUUGAGAGAGGUUUUGAAUCACAAGAAAGCUGAAUUAUUACGUCAACCAGAAAUAGUAGAAUACCUCAAGUCAGUUUCAUCGGACUUGAAGAAAUAAAUCCUUACUUGGAACAAUUUAGCGGAAUACGCAUCUUAGCCAUUUAUUAGAAAGAAGGAAAAUGGCAGUCGCAGCACAAAAGUCAGUAGCAUCAUUGAUGCGUAAAACUUUAGAAAGAAAAGCAGCAGUUGCUCGUGUAAAAUUCAGAUUCAAAACUAAUCAAGUAGAGCAAAUACUGUUAAGUUACAUUAAUGACAAAAAUCUAGGCCCAUACAGUGAACUUUUAAAAGUUUUACAAGACUUUCCCUUAAAUGACGACAAUUACAGGAUUCUUUUUGAGGACAGUCUGUCAUGUGUAGUGUUAUUGGGUAGAGAAUUUAAACAGUUUAUUGAGCUAGUGUGCAGUGUAGAAUGGAUGAAUCGGAGUGAGGAGCUGGUGGAACUGUUCAGCAGAUUUGUGUUAAAUUUAGUAACUGCCCACAACUACCACUGUCCUACAGUCAUGACAUGCCUUAUGAAACAUUUUAAAGUUGAAGGUGAAAACUGGGAAGAUUGUCCGACUCCUGAGACCCUAUCAAAGUGGUCUAAUAUACACACAAUAAUUGCGCAAGUACUUGCAAUCAUGCCAAUGAGCAGUGAUUUGUUGAUGCAAACUGUAGUCAAUCAAUUUCCAUAUUACAAAGCAGGAGUCUACAUCAAUAGAGCUUAUGUGUACAAUUUAAUCUGGAUGAGCAAAUACAUACCAUUACUGCGUGAACAAAUCAUAACAGUUAUCAUAAGCAGAAUGGUAAUUAUGGAUGUUAAUAUUGUCGAUCUUUCAAAAAAUAAAACACAGCCUGAUGCCGUGUUUGAAAUGGAUGUAGAAGAGCAAAAUAUAGUCACAGAUUCUUUAGACAAAUGUAUGCUGGAAAUAUUAAAGUGGUUGGAAGAGGAGAGGGACCCGGCCCUAAACAUUAUGUGCAAUGUAUUCGACAGGGUUAUAUUGCCAACAUAUGGAAUACAACAUGUCCAAUUUUUACUCCUCUACACUAUAUCCAUUAGUCAACAAUGUGCCGAUCGUAUCCUCAAAAAUUUAUGGAUGGUCGCUGCCGGUCUUCACGGCAUCGGCCCUGGAGCUCUAGCGACCAGAAAAACGGCAGCGAGUCAUUUAGCGGGUCUCCUUGCUCGAUGUGUACGAGUGCCCAAUUCUAGACUGAUUUUAUAUUUGAAAAAUAUGGCAGAAUGGUGCCAUUCAUAUAUAACUGCCACGCAGGAGUCAACUACAGCGAGUGACAACACUAAAGUGCAUGGGGCGUUCCACGCUAUCUGCCAUGCGAUAUUCUACUUGGUUGCCUUCAAAAAUCAUCAUUUGUUUAUGAAUAAAGAAAAUCUUCACUUCGUGGAGUCACUUAACUUACCCCGGCUAGUGACUUGUUCCUUGAACCCGCUGCGUACUUGUCCACCCCAAGUGACUCACGCGUUCUCGUCAGUGACUCGCGCCCACCAGGUGGUAUACUGUCAAGCCAUCAUAGAGAAGAACGCUCGACAUACGCUACAAGCAAAGGACGCGGAACAAUACGACGAAUGGUUCCCAUACGACCCAUACACUUUACCCAUGUCAGGCAAAGUGAUAUGGCCAUUGUGCAUAGAAUACAAAGAUUUCUUAAAAGGUGAUAACGAGUCUCAAUAUUCUAGUAUGACGAGAAAACUCGAAGAAGACGACGACUACUUGAUGAUAGCGACUCCUAAUAGGAAAUUAGCAAAUUCCUUAUCCAACAGUAUAAAUCCUGGGUUCCGAACGAGUGAGACUAUUAUAAUGUAAACCUAGUUCUGGCUUGUUAAAAUAUAAUAAUUAUUAUAUACCAUGUGUACUCAUAUUUUUAUAAGAUGUUAAUUAGUCGUAUGAUUUAUGUUCUCUGCCAUAUUAUUAUGUGUGUGUUAAAUGUGGGACCACUUUGUGAGUUUUCAUACUAGUUUUAUAAACUCACUAGUGGCCGCCAGCGACUUCGUCCGCGUUUUUCAUUAUUUCUUCACUCCUAAUAGUUGCAGCGUUAUGUUAUAUAGCCUAAAGCCUUCCUCGAUAAAUGGUCUAUUCAACACAAAAAGAAUUUUUCAAUUCGAACCAGUAGUUCCUGAGAUUAGCGCGUUCAAACAAACAAACUCUUCAGCUUUAUAAUAUUAGUAUAGAUGGGACUUGUACCUAAGUACAUAAAAAUAUCUGCAGUUAAAAUGCAUUUAGACAAUAUUUUGUAGCUGAUUUGUGAAAACUGAUGUGCAACUGAACAUACAUGCAGCUUUAUAUGUAUUGCUUUUACAAAUUAAUUUGUUUUAAGCCUGAUUUCAUUUUUGUUUAUGAAAAUUGGUCUCCAUUUCACACACUCAUGAUUAAUAAUGCAGUAUGUUUUUUUAACAACUACAAAUACAAUGUAUAUGGUUGAUCUAACAAAGGAUUUAUUUGAAAAAAUUUACAAAUAGAGUGUAUUUUUGGGUACUUUAUUUUUUUUAAAUAUAAAUCUACAGUUGUACAAACGACUAUUACGGUUAAAUGACGACUUUAUGCUCUGAUCAAUGUUCUAAAUUUGAAAAUUGGUAUGUGGCCAUACCAUAGAUUUAUUAGUUUAUAAUAAUAAAUUAAAACUGAAAAUUUUAAAUGAAUGUUUUUGCAACUAGGUGUAGAUCACGUCUUUCAUAAAUCCUGAAAAUUAAUUCCUUGUGAAAUUACCAUCUAUGUGUAUGAGAAAAAUAUCUUCAAAGUAAAGCAUAAUUUAACAGUUCUUUUUAGUUUAGUGGUAUCAUAUUAUGUGGCUCCAGGAGCGUAGCUACUGCCGUAUCAAUGAUACGCGUGAAUACUACUAACGCAGACCUUUUAACAAAUAAAUCCUUUGUUUAAGGACAACCCAAGUCCAUUAAAUUAUAUUAAUAAAUACAUAAUUUAUUCAGUGUUUUUAUUAAUAAAAGUAUUG